AUGAGAGCCGCAUCAUUAAAGAGGUUUUUCAUCGUUUUGAUCGCGACCUCUGUCGGUUAUUUGGCAUUUCAUCAGACAUCGGCCAGAUUUCGAGGUGAAGAGAAUGGACAGAACAGUAAACCGAUCGAUGUACAACAGAAUCGAGAAGAGAAAAGAAUCGAAUCGAUGAAAUUGGCCGAGUCAAAUCUGAAAACCGAUCAUGAUUUAGAGAAUUCGAGUUUAAACAAAAACGAGAUUUGCCCCGAUGUGGUCGACAUUCCGGAUAUGAAUGGCGGUUUGCAUCAGGCGGCACUUUUGAUACAAAAUUUGAAGGAAAACGAGGUUGCCGCCGCGCAUCCCGAGGUGCAACCGGGUGGACAAUGGGCGCCCAAUGAUUGCAAGGCUCGUUACAAAGUGGCCAUCAUCAUUCCCUAUCGUGAUCGUCAAUCGCAUCUCACUCGUCUCCUCAAUUUUCUCAUUCCCGUUUUACAAAAGCAACGCCUAGAUUUUCGGUUUAUCGUUACUGAACAGUGGGGCAACGAUCUAUUUAACAAGGGUCGUAUCAUGAAUGCGGCUUUUCGUCUCGCCGAAAAAUUGGGUACCAAUUGUGUCGUUUUUCACGAUGUUGAUAUGUUUCCACAAGAUGAUCGAAAUCCGUAUUCCUGUCCACCAACUCCUCGACAUAUUGGAGCAUUCGUCAGCAAUCUUGGAUAUCAACUUUGGUACAAAGAGAUCGUUGGUGGAGUGUUGGCGAUAUCGAUGAAAGAUUAUAAAGCCGUUAAUGGGUAUUCGAAUAAAUAUUGGGCAUGGGGAGGCGAGGAUGAUGAUAUGGGUAAACGAAUCCUCUCCCUUAAUUACACAAUCGAGCGACCCGAUCCAGCCACCGGACGUUUCAGUAUGCUCAAACAUGUGAAGAGGAAAAGAACGGCGCCUAAAUUGAUAUACAAAUUGUUAGAAGAUUCGGAUAAACGAGUGCCAUAUGAUGGGUUGAAUGAGAACGAUAAAUGGAAAGUCGUUAAAGUGUCCGUCCGUCCUUUAUACUAUCACAUGUUUGUCGAUGUUGGAUCAGUGCCCGAAGAAUGGAGAUCAAAAGAU